AUGCUUCUGCUAAAACAAGAAACUGCCAAUAAUGCUGCUGUUGACGAUUGCAAUGCUGCUUCUGACAAUGAUGAUGAUGAUGACGAAAAUGGUGUUGGAGUUUUCUUAUUCUCUACAAAUUUAGUUUGUCCUAGAGUAAGAAAACCCAAAGCGCCAAAAUCAACCAACUCCUCAUCGGCCACAGCAGCAGCUUCAGCAUCUAGUGCAGCAGGGGUCGAAAAAGCCAACUCACCCAGUUCAACAUCGUCUGCAAAUAACAACGAAGAUAAACGACCGCGUACAGCAUUUAGUGGUUCACAAUUAGCAAGACUGAAGCAUGAAUUUAAUGAAAAUCGCUAUUUAACCGAAAAACGUCGUCAACAACUAAGCUCCGAAUUGGGUUUAAAUGAAGCACAAAUCAAGAUUUGGUUUCAAAAUAAACGUGCCAAAUUGAAAAAGUCUAGUGGCGUUAAGAAUCCCUUGGCCCUGCAACUAAUGGCUCAAGGCCUCUACAACCACUCCACCAUACCUUUGACUAGAGAGGAAGAAGAACUGCAAGAGUUGCAAGAGCGGGAAAAGAACAACAGCAAUAAUAACACAAAUAGCUUGCAACAACAGCAACAGGCAGCAAGUGCAGUUACUUCUUAGAAUUAUGAUGAGUGAAAAGUGGACCUAAUUUUUUUGUACAAAAUAGAAUUUUUUUAAACAAAAGUGUGUUGUAAAUACAAAAAAAUGUUGUUGUUAAUUGUGUAUAAAAAAAUUAUUUACUGAAAAAGUAAAAUAAUUUUGAAAUGCAAGCAAUAUUAGGAAAUAGGUAAAAAUUAAAAAUAAAUCUUUUGUUUGAGACUUUCUACCACUUCAUUGCAACACACAUCAAUGUGUUUGAGAUUUUGUUGUAAUAUACUUUUAACUAAAUUUUAUACAAUUUUCGAGUGUAUUAACAAAACAAAUAAAUUUUUGAGUUUCUAGUCGUAGUUUAAGUAUUUUAUUUUUUUUAAUU